UGACAGCGCGCUCCAGUAACGGUAGGCAUGAGUUACUCGCUGUAGUGUUUUGAGCUUUGCUCUCUCUCAUUCACGCUUCUUCUCCCUUCUAGAUCCCUUGCGAUCUCUUAUCUUUCUUAUCAGUCCCCUUCCUCUCAUUACCUUCUCGCUGUUUCCCAAGUUUCACGAGAUUUGAGUCAUGAGAAUAAGAUCGCGCAGCGUUUCGCUGAGACGGACUCGAAGUUCGCACUGCCAACAGUUCUUCUCUCUUCCUGAAGAAGUCCUCAUUAUCAUUCUAAAGUUUCUCCCUGCACAAGAUCUUGUAAAUAUAAGACUGGUUUCCACUAAUCUCAAACAUCUUGUAGACGAAUCUCCUACGCUAUGGAUGACUGUUUCUUUCCCUAGUAUUUGGCCGUCUCAAAAAAACCGCGCUGUUCUUGAAAGGGCUGCCAAUGUUGGUAACAUCGAAGCACUUAUAAAACUAGGACUGGCACAUUUAUAUAAUGAAGGAAUUUCCGAAGAGAAAAAUAGCAAUACAAAUGCAAGCGAGAAUGGAAGACAGGCUGCGGAGUUGUUCUGCACGGCUGAGCGGAUGACAUGUGAUCCGUUCACUUGGUUUUUUAUCCGUCCUCCCUGGGCUCCCAGUGGAUCCUGCUGCAAAGCAUGUGUGUUUAAAAAUAUGGUAGAAUACUGCUCUAAUGCUGAGCCAUGUGAUAGUCUGAAUAAAUCACUACUCUUCUGCAUUGGAAAAAUUCUUAGUUUGCAUGAGGAUGAAAAGAGGAGAUCCGAAUGCAUUGAUUGGCUCCAAAGAGCAUCAAAUCUUGGUUCAUCGCAUGCUGCAUUUGAGAUGUGGAAGAUGAAAUCUCUAGAGCAUGCUUUAGAACCUUCUGCAAUGCUUCAGAGUCUGCGUGAGCUCCGUGAUAUUGCAAUGAAUGGAAACGCAGAGGCCCAGUAUACACUUGCCAUGCAAUAUGCAGCAGGGAAUAUGGGAGGUGCUUCUAAAGACCACGCUGCUGAAUUUCUUACUCAGUUUCUUCAGAAGUCAAAGGCUUUAAACUCUCACAAGUUAUUUGGAUUUCAAACUGAACUUAAUAAUACCAUGAGGUACAUUUUAGUCGACUGGCUUGUUGAGGUUGCUCUUAUGAAGGAUUUCUCAAGUCAGAUAGUCCAUAUUGCUGUUCACUGUGUGGAUCAGUACCUAAUGAAAAGAAAGGUUCAGCGAUCAGAAUUGCAGCUUUUAGGAAUCACAUGUAUACUAAUUGCAGCAAGGUUCCAGGGCAAAGAUAUUGUUACUAUACGAGAGGCAUCCUGGCUAACUGAUGAUACAUACUCCUAUGAAGAAGUUGUAAGAAUGAUGGGGGAAGUGAUGUCAUGUCUUCGAGGAGAAGUCAGGGUUUUGACUAUAGCUGAUUAUCUCAAGCUCUUUUGCAGACUAUCUGCAGUGGAUCACAAAACAGAAUGUGUCGCUUCCUACAUUAGCGACCUUUCCAUACUUCACACUGAAUUUGGCAGAUUUUCUGCAUCACUCAUUGCUGCAUCGUGCCUGCUGUUGGCAAAUACUUUACAAGAAGCAGAUUCUCCUUGGCCACUUCACAUGACGCAAAUGGUUGGAAUCCACACCUCUGAUCUGUUAGAAAGCACUCUAUACUUGCAUCAAAAAUGUUUAUUAGAUGACUCUCCGAUUGAUCAUAGAAAUGUUAAACUUAAGGCCAUCAAGGAGAGGUACUCGGAAGAUAGAUUUAUGAAGGUCUCAGAAAUCAAGAUUCCUGGCCGAGAUGAGAUUAGACUCCGCCUUCUUUCCCACGUGACACGCCAAGACAUACGAACACAAUCUAUGGCCACGCCUUCCUAUCAAUCACUCACCGUCAGUCACAGUGACAGCCUAAACGUCAGCAUCGGUGUCCUAUCAGAGAGUGGAUACGAGGGUGACCGAGAGGAUGAGGGGGAACUGGUAACUGAUGAUGUCAUGGGUGAAGACGAUGACGACUCGUUGCUAAGCGAGCUUGAAGGCUUCGACGAGGGCGGAAUGUUGAAUAAGCAAUUCGGAGAUUCCUCUUUUCUGGCUUCGAAUGAGUACUUGAGAUUUAGCUCGACUCCGAGUAUUGUGCGGGAAUCCCACGAGAGAGCUUUCGUCGAGGACGAAGACGAGCCGAUGGACAUCGAGCCGGUUACGAUUGGCAACGGGAUUCUUGACGAGAACAAAAAUGUUUGCGCGCCUGUUGCUAGGCAACCAUUAUGUGCUAUCGAAAACACUGUAAGUCAUUCCACAACACAAUCUUCAAAGAAAGGGAACCAGAGACGGAAAGAAAUUCCCCUCAAAACACGCCGAACCAGGAGCAGUAGAAACCAAGUCAUAGUAUAGCAUGAAAAAUCCUAUUACAAAGCAAACUCGACGAUAAAAACGUUUUUUAUUUGUUUGGUAUAAUACACAUACGUACUGCAUUAUGUCAAUCGUGAGCACUCGAGACUCUCUUGCCGGCGAUGGAGUUUCUAGGUUUUGUUGUUAUAUUUUACGUUAAUAGUGCCAAUAAGAAGUGCCCCCCUUGUGGUGGGGGUAUUUUUAUGGCAGCGGACAUUUAAAAACUAAUUGACUGAUCUUAUGUACAGAAACAUAAAAGAGUUCAAGCAUAACGCUAUAUUAAUCUUCUUCUAGAUAUUAAGAAAAAGGUACCUCUUCAAAUAUCAAAUGCUGCUUCUCUUGUAAAAAUCCAACCAAAUAAUAUGUACCAUAAAAGCAUUCAGAUUGUUUAAGUGCGCCUGGAUAUUAGUCAUCUACUUUUCUUCACCGACAAAUCAAGGUAGAGCGCCUGGAUAUUUGUCAGCUACUUUUCUUCACCGACGGGUCAAGGUAGAGGACUAUUUUAAAGAAGAUACUAGAUUUAUAUACAUAUAUGUACCUUGUAAAAAAAAACACAGCUACAAUAUAUUAUACAUUCCAUAGGCAUAUGUUGUUUAAAGAAAAUGUGUUUAAUUGUAA